UUGGGAAGGGUGACGGUGUUGGGCUCUAAACUUUCACAUACCGGCGAUUGUUUAAUUCAUCCGUCUUCAUUCAGUAAGAUCUGUUACUGUCAUAAAGACUAUACAGAAGUCUUCUUAUUAUUCUCAAUAGUAUAAAUUUAUCCGAAGAGGUCGCGUCUCCUAAUUUUUAUAGUUGUUUUUUUCUCUCUCGUUUGAAGUGCGGAGAUUUCGGAGAGCCACAAGUUAAAUGGACGCACGAGGAUCGCAUUUGUGUAUGUGAGUGUAACAAAAACGUAAUGUUAAAGGGCAGAGAAAAUGAGAAUUAACUUUUUUUGACACUGCCUUUGGACUGGGAUUUGUACAUAACGAAUUCCAGUGAACGGAAAAAACUUCGACCCAAGUUUUCCUGCUGUUGGUCGUCGUGUGAUCCAGCAGGUGGAGAAACACAAGCCGCUGUUUCAUCAGAGAAAACAACACUGGAAUAUCAUCUUAAAUAAACCAUUUUUUAUUUUGGAAAUCUUUUCUGGAUCUAAUUUCGACAACUUGGUGGCUCGAAAAAGCAACUGUCCCAAGCUAGUGUUGAGUAGUUGGUGAUCAUGGCGUCGUCUUCAGUGAAAGUGGCCGUGCGAGUGCGGCCUUUCAACAGCCGAGAGACAAACAGAGGAGCCAAGUGUGUGAUCCAGAUGCAGGACAAGAGCACCUGUAUUACUAAUCCCAAACAGCCCAAGGAAUCACCCAAGAACUUCACCUUUGACUAUUCAUAUUGGUCACACAGCUCGGAAGAAGACCCGUCUUUUGCAUCUCAGAGGAAGGUUUAUCAGGACAUUGGCGAGGAGAUGCUGCUUCAUGCUUUUGAGGGCUAUAAUGUGUGUAUCUUCGCUUAUGGACAGACGGGAGCAGGGAAAUCUUACACAAUGAUGGGAAAACAGGAUCCUGGACAGCAAGGCAUUAUACCACAGAUGUGUGAGGAUUUGUUCAGACAGACAGCAGAAAACACUGACCCUGACCUGUCCUUCUCUGUAGAGGUGUCAUAUAUGGAGAUUUAUUGUGAGCGGGUUCGAGACUUGUUAAACCCAAAAAGCAAAGGCGCUUUAAGGGUCAGAGAGCAUCCUAUCAUGGGCCCGUAUGUAGAAGACCUCUCCAAAAUGGCGGUUACUAACUAUAGUGACAUUGCAGAUCUCAUGGACACUGGCAACAAAGCAAGGACGGUUGCUGCCACAAACAUGAACGAGACUAGCAGCCGCUCUCAUGCCGUCUUCACCAUUCUCUUUACCCAGCACCGACACGACCACAUGACCAGCCUGGACACCGAGAAGGUGAGCAAGAUCAGCCUGGUUGAUCUGGCUGGAAGUGAGAGAGCAGACUCAUCUGGAGCCAAAGGCAUGAGGUUAAAGGAGGGAGCCAAUAUUAACAAAUCUCUGACAACACUGGGUAAAGUCAUCUCAGCACUGGCAGACAUGCACGGCUCAAAGAAGAGACGCUCCGAUUUCAUUCCCUACAGGGAUUCUGUGCUCACGUGGUUAUUGAGAGAAAAUCUAGGUGGAAACUCCCGCACAGCCAUGAUUGCAGCUCUGAGCCCGGCAGAUAUCAAUUAUGAAGAAACACUCAGUACUCUCAGGUAUGCAGACAGAGCUAAGCAGAUCAAGUGUAACGCUGUCAUAAAUGAGGAUCCAAAUGCACGUCUUGUCAGGGAACUUAAAGAAGAGGUGAACAGACUGAAGGAGCUGCUUCUGUCUCAGGGACUCAGCAACCUCAUCACUGCCUCAGGGUCUGAAACGGGCCGUCCAGCUUUAGGAGAAGUGUUAGGAGAGCCUCAUCAGCCCUCUCUCUCAUAUGUCCAGUCUACCUCUGACGCACCAAUGGAGGGAGUGACGCCCACCGGUCCCUCUGAGCCAAUCAGCAAAGAGGAGGCCGCAGAGAGACUCAAGGAAACUGAAAAGAUCAUUGCAGAGCUGAAUGAAACAUGGGAGGAGAAACUCAGGAAAACUGAGGAAAUACGUCAAGACAGGGAGUCGCUGCUGGCUGAGAUGGGUGUGUCUGUGAAAGAGGAUGGAGGAACAGUCGGUGUCUUCUCGCCCAAAAAAACACCUCACCUGGUGAACCUGAACGAGGAUCCUCUGAUGUCUGAGUGUCUGAUCUACUAUAUUAAAGAUGGAGUCACCAGGGUUGGUCAGGAGGAUGUGGAUAUUCGCCUCAGUGGUCAGUUUAUAAAGGAGCUGCACUGUGUCUUCUGUAGUGAAAUCAAUGAGAAUAAUGAGGUGGUGGUAACUUUGGAGCCGUUAGUUGGAGCAGAAACAUAUGUCAAUGGCAAACAGGUCACUGAAGGUGUUGUGCUCAAACAAGGUAACCGUAUAGUGAUGGGGAAGAACCACGUGUUCAGGUUUAACCACCCUGAGCAGGCCCGGUUAGAGCGAGAGCGCAGCGCCACGCAGGAGCAGCAGGGGGAGCCGGUGGACUGGAGCUACGCACAGAAAGAGCUGCUGGAGAAACAAGGAAUCGAUAUAAAGCAGGAGAUGGAGAAGAGACUACAGGACCUUGAGAAUCAGUACCGUAAAGAGAAGGAAGAGGCCGACCAGAUACUGGAACAGCAGAGGCUGUAUGCAGAUUCAGACAGCGGUGAUGAUUCUGAUAAAAGAUCCUGUGAGGAGAGCUGGAGACUCAUCUCUUCUCUCAGAGAAAAACUACCAGCCAACAAGAUGCAGUCGAUCGUGAAGAAGUGUGGUUUGCCCAGCAGCGGGAAGCGGAGGGAGCCGCUGCGUGUGUAUCAGAUCCCCCAGCGCCGCCGCAUACCCGCCAGCCAGGAGUCCAAACACAGACUCAGCGUCGAGGAGCUGCGCACACAGGCUGUUAAAGAGAUCUGCUAUGAGGUUGCACUUGGGGAUUUUAAGCACACGCGGCAAGAGAUCGAGGCUUUGGCUAUUGUCAGGAUGAAGGAGCUCUGUCGGACAUAUUGCCAGAAAGACCCUCAGGAGAGAGAGACCUGGAAAAGUGUGGCGAAGGAUGUAUGUGAAACUGUGGGCAUUGGAGAAGAAGAGGGAGAAAGGGAGGAAAGAACAACAGCAGCAGCCGGAGGUGGAAAUGAAGGAGGAAAGACCGAUAUGGGAGACCUCAAGGCUCAUAUCGACAAAUUGACUGAUAUUCUGCAGGAGGUAAAGCUGCAGAAUAAUAUGAAGGACGAGGAAAUCCGAUCUCUGAGAGACCGCAUGGUGAAGAUGGAGAAGAUAUUCCCGGUUGAUGUUAAGGGAGAUGAGGAGGAUAUUGAAUUUGGUGGGGCCAGAGGCGACGAAUCCACAGCACAAGUCAACAGACGAAAUGAGGAUUCUGGGUACCGGCGUGGUCGCCAUCGCUGGCAGUAUCCAGAGAAAUACCACGACCCUAAACGCCGCAAAGGAGCCAACAAUCAGCCGAACAAUGCGCUCUACACGCCUUCCUCAGGAUACUCUCAGAAUAACCCGUUCAGCACAGCAUCAUCUCGUCCAUCAAAUCCAUCGUUCAAUUCUCAACCCUCUCGCAACCCCAAUGGGCCUUUCCUACCAGGCACUGGACGUUUUCUGCCCCCUCAAGACAGGAAACUACAGUUCCCGUUUAAGAAUAAUCCCCAACACCGAGGCUUCAUUUGGGGCCCUUGUGGAAACCAAGAAAUUCCAAAAGACUCACCAGAAGCUCAGUCUUCCCCCAAUACUGACGAAGUUCACACUUUCCAAUCCUCUCCUUCACCAAAACCCCAGUGGCUGAAUAAUCAUCAACAACAACGCCGCAAUCAUGGAAACAGAGGCUACGGAAACUGGGUGAACCGACAACGCUCUCGAAAUAGAGGACGAAAUCCGUUUGAUGGAUAUUUAACUAGUGAUCAAGCUGUAAAUGCAGAACACAGGGACAGUGGAUCAGUCCAAAUGCAGCACAAGCAGGGUCGAGCACGCUACACUUGGUACAAUCCUGGUUUUGUUUCAGACCAGUCUGCUGGAGACGGAUUCCAGCACAACUACAACCAAAGCAGACAAGGUCUCUACAAACACCCCAACUCGGAGUACAACCACUACCAGAUCUCUCCUAAACAGGACCACCAUCCGGAAAUGACCCAACAUGGGUCCGCAGGUUAUCCCAAUCCACCUUCAGUCCUGGAUUGCAGUAGCACCCCAAUGGAGACCUGAUUUUGAGCUCUUAAUCUGAUUGUUCUUGUGCGUCGUUCCUGACUCUUCGGACCCUCGGAUGUGGUGUUAUGGUUUGUCGUGGAAGGGUUUUCUGAUGAUGGGAGCGUCCAGAAAGAGGGAGAAUCUCCUUAGUGCAAUAACAGACAAAACAUUUUAUGCAGCCGGGUUUUUAUGUACAUAUUGCGGUUUUAAUACCUGCACCUACAGUGCUUUACGAGUGAUGUUCUUAUGUGCGCACAUAUCUAUAUGUUAUCCAGAUGUAUACUGUAUAUAAGUAGGUUAUAAAUUGGAAGGGUGUGUAUUUGCAAGAGAGUUAAGCUCCUUUAAUGCACACUGCACUGCAAUGUCGACGUCAAGGCCCGAGAAGUGUGUGGCCUAUUAAAGUUUUUACAUCGCGCCUGCUGAAAAGCCAAAGAAUUUUACGAUUUCGCAGCCCUCAGGCUUAUAACUGCUUUGGAUGCUGCCUUUUUUAUUGUUGGUGUUUUUUAUCCUAUGAUGUUUUAUUCUUGCAUCCUGAGGGGCAUGUGUUUUAUAAACCGUCUGUUCUGUAGUUUAGGAAUUAAGAAAGGACAUGGGAUAUGUAAUCCUUAAAUAGUUAACUGCCAACAAUUGAAGUGCCUGAUUCUUUUCCAUUUACCUCUUAAUUAUGUACAAGAUGAUGAUCUUGCUGAGGAUCAACAACAGUUCUUCCCUGUUGACGUGCAAUCACUCGGACAAUGUUGCUACAGCAAAGCAACAGAUCGAUUUAUUUUCAUUUCGUUACAUUCAGUGAUAUAAGAGUCAUGUGAAAAGUUAGGAGACCUGAAUUGUUUGUCCAUAUUAGGACAAUGUGGUCUUUGGCAGGUCCUAAAAUAUGGAAGGUAAAACCUCAGAUGGACAACACACGACAUCUCACAGUGGGUCAUUAUUUAUUUUACAAAAAUAGAAAGAUAGAAGACUCAUGGAUGACAAACUGAAGGCAACCUAUGAUUCGGAUGUCUGUAGAUCCACUUUUAGCAGCAGUGAGUUUCUCAAAUCAUUCAGGAGGAGUUUUGGAGGUUUUUUUGCACAGCAUUUCAGUCAAGAUGAGCUCUAGACCUUGACUGGACUAUUAAACGAUUUGUUACUGUGCGAAAAUGCGACCUCUAGAGGAAAAAGCAGACAUUGAAAUGAAACUCCGCUAAGACGCGAAGUUCUAAAAAUCAACAUGAGGUGGUUUUUAAAUUGGCAAAUGAUACAAAUGUUAUGCUGCGUUCACACCAGAUGUGGCGCGCACGUCAAAAUCACUUCACAAUAGACGCGGAUUCGUGUUAUAGGCAGGGCUUCGAUGCUAAAUGGCUAACAUGGAUUUUAUUGAGAUAGUAGCUGUGCUUUAUGCGUUAAGGAAGGCUGAAAAACAGUGUAUAUUCGUUCGAUGCCAUGUCUGAGUGCACUAGAUCCUUUCAGAGGUGAACCCAGCUUUGUGAGUUCAUCAACUCCUCCAGAAACUAUACCUGGAUGAUGGAGGUUUUCAGAGGUGCUUCAGACUGAGCCGAGCCCAGUUUGAUGAACUGUUGUCCGGUGUUGGCAAGAGGAUUUCCCCUCGGGACACCAGCAACAGGGACUACGUCAUAAUCAUGGCCCUAUAAGAGAAAGCUCCUGAUUCGUUGUCCGCUGAAAUGCUCAACUUGCACUGCCUCAUUCACGCGAAUCGUGCCGCAGAAUGUCUUUUCACGUUUUUGAAUUGACUCAACAUGUGAAUCACUCACGCUUGAUGCUUCAUCCGCGUCUGGUGUGAACGCAGCUUUAGAAAUGUAAACAAUAGCUGAGUGGCUUACAUUGUAACAGUACAUUCACACGGGGCGUCAGCAUCAACGCUUGAUGCGAGGGCAUGUCUGAAGCUUGGUGCUGACGCAAUCCUCAUAGCAGCGUCAGCCAAUGAAAUUAGAUCGCAAUUGGCUACUGUCUGAGCUGGGGUAUUUGCAUAACGCGAUGCGAUUGGCUGACGCUUCCGUUCCCAACUUCUGCAGCGAGCAAUGAUGGUGACGCGGCAACGACAGAUCCAUAAUUCAAAUCGCCAACGCUUGAUGUCCCCCAUUCAAAGUUAUUAGGAAGUGUUAAUGCCUACUCUCUGUGUGAAUCGGGCUUAAGGCUUGAUCAUUAGGCACACUCGCUUCUGUUGGUGUCAUCAAUCUGGCAACCUGGGUGCGUAUGAAGUCAUCAGAGGUGACAGGUGACUAAAACUCUCUCCAAUAUUUUAAAUUUGAACUGCAAUACCUACUUCAACCACUAGGCUAAACGUUAUGCCAACCAUAUAUACUGAACCAUUACGACCUACCAAAUAUCAGAUAAUUUUUUAUAUCAUGAAAUGGAAAGAUUGGAAUUUCAUAGGGUGUACUUACUUUUUCACAUGACUAUCAAUUUAAAAAAGGUUAAUAAUUAAAACAAGAGUUUAAGUCCAGCUCCUCAUAGCUAGCUAUACACUAUAAACCAAAUAACACGAUUUUAUUUGUAUUUUUUUUUUUAUAAAUUCCUGCAUCGUUUUACUUACUGGAUUUUUUUUUGUUGUUUUGAAUUUUAAAACAAAAAAUCGCCAGAAUGAGCUGCAAACUAUAUCAGACUUCAUGUCAAUAUUCAGCCAAAUACUGGACAAUGACUGUACUAUAUAAAUUAGACUUGCCAAUGCCAUACUUUAUUUUGGACAGGAAUGAAAGGAGGCAUGUUGUUUUCAGGCACAGUAUAUCUGACAUGGUGUUCUCUCAGAAAUAAAGUCUGUUAUCAGAGGUUUCAUUGCAGAAUAAAUCACGAGUAACAACUAUUGAUUUUUUGCCUGUUUAUGCCACAGUUGACUUCUAAAAUGGAUUUCUUGCUGGAUUAUUCUUGUUUAGGAUGUGCUGUUAUUAAUAUUCCUCAACUGACAAUGAUCUAUUAUUGAAACAAUAAAUCAUUUUA